AUGUCAGACAAUGUCUCGUUGGCUGAGCAAACAACAUGCAUAGAUUCUGAGUCUGAAGAUGACUGGUAUAAUAUCGAUAUCUUCAGCCACGUUCAAUCAGAGAUGGAUGAGAACAAUGUAUCCCACAAGCAGAUUUUUCUAUACGUAACGAGAGCUGGUGUGGACAGAAAAACCUUUCUGCAGGUACAUAACCUACUCAGGGAACUAGGAUGGUAUAAGAAUGUAGCCGAGUUCGCACCCUAGCUAUUGUCCACAUCAUGUGUGGGUUGUUGUUUAUUAUUGGUUAUCGUCAUCAUAAUGUUAAAUGCAGAUGGAGGAAUGAAAAUCAUAUCAGUAUCAAUCGUCAUCAGCUUAAACAAACUGGCUAUUGUCAUUGUCAUCAACGUUAUUCUUCACCGAGCCUCUUAGUUAUAUCGACCCCUUUAUUACAAGUCACCUUUUUACAUUGAAAUAAUUCAUUCAAACUUAAUGUCUGUCCCAUUUAACCAAGGUUCUUCACCAAUUAACUUCUAAGCGUUGAUUGAACGCUUGCUUUCUUAGGAGGAAAAGAUCAGGAUCCCACUAAUCACUGUUUAUUCAAACAAUUUCUCCUGGAGAAAAACGCAGGGACCAGGGACUCUUGUGGCGAAAUUGGAGAUGGGAUCUUUUCAAGCAGUGAAAAAGGUAAUACUUCUAUACGCAGGUAAAUGUUGGCAGCCUUUGAAUUUGGGCAAACUUAUAGUAAAGGUACUACAAAACAAAAAUGAAAUAUAUGGAAGCCAAGCAUCAGUGGAUCCAAUAACCCAAACUUUACUGAACUUCUCCAGGGUUAUGUGGAGACAACCGGAGUGUGAACCUUUUUUAUAUGAUUACUUAAGAAUCAGAUUGAGCUGCAAAUGAAAUUGAAAUAUCUUCUUAUUAUUACGAAAAGCAAUUAAUAAAAAAAUGGGAGAAUCAAAGCACAUUUUGAUCCAAACUAUGCAUGGCCAGUAUGCAAGUUCAAACUUAUUCCAAGCAGCACAAGUAGUUAGUUAUUAGAUAUGGUUACACAUCUGGAUGAAGAAAGACAAACAGAAAAAGGUUAUGUAUCCUUUAGACAAGUGGACCAACAUAUAGUCCCUCGGGCCCGCAGCAGUCAUCACCCUAUUAGAAAGAUAACUGGGACGUUUCCCUCCACCUCUCUUUUAGGGUAUGGCUGCAUGAAUUGCGGAGAAAUCAGUGGGGUGAGAUCAGACGUUUACAUGUGCAGCUGCCCAGCACCUCAAAUUAUUAUCGCGCCUCACCCAUCCCCAUUGAAAAGGGGCACAAGUCACAUAGACCAUGACAGUCACAUUGGGGUCUGCUUUUCCUCUUCAUUUCGAACAAUGUUUUGGAUUCUUUUAUGUCCCCUUCUAAAUGAAAAAAGUUUAAAGUAGCCAAGGAAAACAUAAAAUUGUCAAUGAUUUGGUCAUUUGAACAGAAGAAAGAUCUUAUUCAUUUGGAUUAUGACUGUACUGGUCUUUUGGAACGUAUUUGGGUUGGUUAGCUAAUGGCGCUUCACGCCCCCAAUCAAUAGACGGGCACUCUAAAAUGGGAGGGGGGGAGGGGUUUACUGGGCGACGGUUGCAUAUGUGCGCGAAUUAAUAGUAAUAGGCAUUCCGUAAUUACACAAGUAUUGGGAUUAUUUAGUGACCUUAACGUAUACUGAUAUUAUUCAUGGUAGGUCGAUAGACGGAAGAUUGAGGAAAUGCGAUUGCCUGAGAAAAUGACAUUUAGUUUGCCACCAAGUGAUGCGUCGUUCAUGAAAGUAAAGGCCGAGCUAAUCGAUGAAAGUGCAAAUGAGAUAAUUUUGGAAACAGAGCAGUUGAAAGUCCCACUAUCCCUGGUAAGUAUAACGAGUUUUUUUCUUUUGUACCCAGGGCCGUUAUUCGCGUCUACGUUUUCUAUGGGAAAAUGGCACUAUCGCCUUGAUGGUUGGAGAAUAGGACCUAGAAAACCAUGGGUCUUUGAAAAUUUGGAUCCGAUUUCAGAAAAUCGAUUGAGCGUGCCUAAAAUGAUAAUUGACAUUUUUUCCCAUGAGUUGUAACAAGGAGUUGGACGUCUGAAAGCCAUUUGCUAAUGAUGAUCACAUUGUGGAGUGUUUCAUGGUAUCUCUCCUUCGCAGGAAGUACCUUCAGAACAAAGGGGAAUCUGCAGAGAAGAGGUAGAAGUGUUUCUUUUCAUAAUGAACCUUUCUUUCUUUCUUUUUCUUAUCUUUUUAGCUUCCACAGAGCGACACAAAACCUCCAGUUGAAAACGAACUUAUUAUUCUUGAACCAGCCGAGUCGAGUGUAGUAACUGACGAACUUACGAUCACGUGACAAAAAGAAAAUGGUUUUCAACGACUUUCUAAAUGUUGUGGUGUAAUUUUAUCCUUGGUUUAAAUCAAGGUAAAUGUGAAUAAGGACACGGUGUUACCCUGCUUUAUAAUUAAACGAAUUUUCCCGCUGUUUAAGUCAGCUGAGUAGAAAUUGUUUUUAUUUUUUUUUCCGUAAUAUCAUGGAUGACAAAUUGCUCCUUAAUUUUGGCGCGAAAUUUCAGCGUCAAUUUUAUAAUUACCUACCGUACGUGUUAGUGCCAAGACGGCGGCAAAGUUUAGUAAAAUAUCGUGAAUGAAGAUAUCAGGUUUAGAAGACCUAAACACACUAAAGAGCUUAUCAAGAAGGAUUCUAUAAGAAGG